AGGAAAGUGAAAGGAAUCGGGGCUGCGGCAGAACAACAUGGCACAGACGUCUCUUCUCUCCUUAUUCUUAUUAUUUCUCCUGCUACAGACAGGGGCGGCUCUAGAGCUGACGGCUCCUCCCACCCACCGAGCAACAUUAGGAGCUGAUACCCUGAUUCCCUGCACAUUCCGAGUAGAGACCCCACCUGUGGACCCCCGACACCUGGCGAUAUUCUGGUACUUUCAGGAUAAGGAGAUCUUUAAUGUCAUAAGUACAGUGGGGAGCUCUAACCCCAGACUGUCCCUAAACAGAGACACCAUCAGGGCCGGAGUCGCUUCCCUCUCUAUCGCUAACGUUGAGAUAUCGGAUGGGGGGCUGUACAGAUGCUCGGUGCUUUACAGCCCGGACAGGAGGUACAAGGAAGUCCGACUUGAUAUUCAGGCGCCCCCCAGGAUCACUCUCACUAAUAAUAUUGUUAUUAAGGAUAAGGAGAGCGCCCUGAGUGGCGCCAUUACUGGGUUCUACCCCGUGGACAUUGACAUUAAAUGGCUCAGGGAGGGGGAGAUACUGGCUGGUGGGACUGAGCUCCCCCCCCAGAGAAAUGCAGAUGGUACAUACCGAGUGACCAGCACAGUGACCAUUGUACCCACCGAGGGGAACAGGAACCAGAACUUCUCUAUCCGGGUCCAACAUGAGUCUCUCUCUGCCCCAUUACAGGAGGAUUUCCAGCUGCUCUAUGGAGCUCUUCCCUCAGCCGCCAUCUUGUAUGAACCAUUUAAACUGAACAUGCAGCAGAUCCUGACAUGCCGAGUGUGGGGGUUUUACCCAGAAUCCAUCACAGUGAAUUGGUUUGUGAAUGGAACGCGGGUGGAAAGUGCUACAGUUCGGAGAGUUAAUGGUUCUGCUGUGGAGUCCAAAUUCCUGUUCCUCCCAGAAGCUGAGACCAGAGGAACAGAACUGAGCUGUGAGGUGCAACACAAGACCCUGCCGGAACCCCUGGUGCAAACACUGCUGGUGCAAAUCCCCGAUGUGAGUGUGAGGCACCGGGGGGCCGUGCGCGUUGCUGCUAUUCUCACCCUACUUAUAGCUGGAGUCGUAUUUAUUGUUACAUAUUAUAUUAUCCAGCAGAGAAAGUACCAACCGAAGGUGAGAGAAAUCGUGCGCUCAGACUAUGGGGUAUUUAGCUUAGAAGCAGACAAUUUCUCCCCUAAAGAAAUCACCAUUUCAUGGGAGGUGGCACAGCCGGCGGGAAGCGCUAAGUACCAACCUCUCGGGGCUUCUCCUCUCAUGAGUGCCAACCAAGAUGGCAGCUUCAAUGUUACCAGCACCUGUGAGCACCUGAGAGAUAAAGUGAGUGGGAAUGAGCCCUUCUCCCUCCGGGCCACCGUACAACAUGCGCGGCUGAAACAGGCGGUUUGUAAGGAAUGGAACAGUGAUAAUGAGGAAUAUCAGAAAUAUCUCCUGUCGGUGCCGGUGAUGGGGGAAAUAACCCGCCCAACUCUGUACCAUAACAAGGAGGCCGCCCUACUGUGUCCCAUCUCUGGGUUUUUCCCCAUUAAUCUAACUGUCACUUGGUACAAGAAGGAGAAGGAAGGGCAGGAGUUAACCCCUUUAUCACCCAGUGAGAUGUACAAGAUCCCAGAAAUCAGUCCCCACAAACAAGAGGAUAAAAAAUUCACCGUUACAGCGAGUUUGGUUUUCUCUCCAUCACUUACCAGGGACAAUGGGGCAGAAUUCAUCUGCCGAGUGGCACAUCCCAGCCUGGAGGGGGCGAUAGAGAAGAGCUCAGGCCCAAUACAUGUGACACUAGCUUGUCCCAAGGUGAAUGAGUUCAGAAUCGCUGGAGAUUGGGGUCUCUCCUUGGAGGUGGAGGAGUUUUUCCCUAGAGACAUUGGAAUUUCCUGGGAAGUUGUGCUGGGAAAUAAAGGGAAAGUUACAAGUCUCCCAUGUGAGUGCAACAUUAGUGCAAAUGCCGAUGGGACCUAUAGGGCCACAAGCGCCUGUCACUGCCUGAGGGACCAGCUGGACUCUCUGCACACUCUGAGGGUCUCUGUACAGCAUGAAGCUCUGGGGGUCCCAAUCUGUAAAGGCUUAACCCAAGGUAAGGGCCAAGUAUAUAUAAUAUCUAUGGGAUAAUACCAUGAAGCUCUGGGGGGCCCAAUCUGUAAAGGCUUAACCCAAGGUAAGGGCCAAGUAUAUAUAAUAUCUAUGGGAUAAUACCAUGAAGCUCUGGGGGUCCCAAUCUGUAAAGAAUUAACCCAAGAUUUCCCAUGGUGCCCAGAGGUGGGAGAGAUACUGGUACCGGAUCUGAUUGCGGGUGAAGAAACCCAACUGACAUGUAACAUCUCCAACUACUUCCCUGAUGCACUGACUGUCACCUGGUAUAAACAGAAAAAGGGCAGUGAGGAACUGGAGGCAGCUACACAAUAUCAUAGGUACCAACCCGACUCUGUGUCCCAGUACCAAGCGGAUCGGACUCUCACCUGUACGGCAACUUUGGCUUUCUCUCCAAACAAUGAGGAACAUGGGGCAGCAUUUAUCUGCAGAGUGGCACAUCCCAGCCUGGGGGAGGCGAUAGAGAGGCGCACAGCACCAUUAUAUGUGAGGGAAUCAUCAGGAUUGAAUGAGACACAGAGCGAUACUGGCACUGAGACAUCUCAUCACUAUGAGCAGAACAAUGAGGAGAAGGAGAGGGAGAGUGUGGAGAUGGAGGAGAGACAUGAGAGGAAGGAGGGGCACGGCAGGGAAGGACAAGGCAGCAGAUUUUCCUCUUUUCUUUUGUGGUUCCAGAGGACCUACUAGAGCUACUCAAACAGCUGAGCCAAUGAGGGAAGCCCCCUGUAAUGGGGAAAACAAACAGACACCAAAAUGUGGGAGACAAAGGAAAUCCGGGUGGAAAGAAAGACAGAAAGUUCAUUUGGCCCAAGGACCCAGGAGAAACCCCACCAUAAAGUGGCAUCAGCAGGAGAAGGCAAUGUGCCCCGGGGAAAGGGCUGAAAUGAGGGGAAAGUGAUACCCGGGCACCGGGGUAGGAUGGUGACUGUGGGUGGAACAGGGCACUGAUCUGUUCAUUCAACAUGAAGAUUCUCCCAUUGGGUUGGAAUAACUGUUUCUAUGAUCAGGUUGGGGGGAAACAGUACUGAGCAGGGAAUGACUUCCAAAGGGAUCUUUUUUGUAUCUUAUUUGCUCCAAAAGAGUAAAAAAAUGUACUUCCCUCCUUCAUCUUCAGCUUCACCGGUGGUUCCUACAGGGCAGCAGAGAAGCCAAGAGGAGGGUAAAUUCCCUGUGCCCUGGAACCAGUCUCUGGGGGUACUGUACCCCGUGUUUCACUGACUCUGGGACUGUUGUUAAAUAAAAAGGUGCUGGUACAGCCGACCCAUUGCUGGGAGUAGGUACCAGAUACUGAAUAGGAAUAAGACCAGUUGGCCACUAGGUGUCCCCGUUGUGCAGAGGGGGGUAUCAUCCUGUCCCACUAGCAACCCGGGUACCAUAUGGAUCAGCAGAAGCCCCACCCCCUGCCUCCUGCAGCCCUACUGCCCAGUGUGGGGCCCCUGCUACCCUAGCACUGUAGGUGGGAGACUCAUCACCCCUAGGAAUUGAAAAGGCAUUAAAUUCACUCUUUUUUUAUAAAUAGGAAUUUCACUAGAAUUAUAGGGAUAUUGGGUGCAGGGAAUCACUGCCAAGUAUAAUCUAGGCCUGAGGAAGGGCCACAUGGGGCUUUGGGGUCAUUCUCCAUACUAACCCCAGGGUUCCACCUUCCUGCCCCUCUCUGAAUGGGUUAACAUGUUACAAGUGGGCAACUGACUUGCCAUUCACACUCUCCCUCACAUACCAUACUAACCCCAGGGUUCCACCUUCCUGCCCCUCUCAUUUACCCCAUACUAACCCCAGGGUUCCACCCUCCUGCCCCUCUCAUUUACCCCAUACUAACCCCAGGGUUCCACCUUCCUGCCCCUCUCAUUUACCCCAUACUAACCCCAGGGUUCCACCUUCCUGCCCCUCUCAUUUACCCCAUACUAACCCCA